GCUAUAACUAACGCGAGGAAGGGCCUAUUUAUUGGAAAUGGCGCGCCAGUGGAAACUCGCCUACCACACCCAACGUUAACUGUACAGGUAGGUAAUUAAUAAAUACUUGUCGAUAUCACGGGCAUGAGAUUGAGUGGCUUGCAUCCUCCGUACGGAUAUCCUUACCCACACUUGUUGGUUCUCGCUACACCGGCUGGCUAUUCCUCGCGAUCGAAUCGCCUCCCCGACCUUUGCCCAGGCAGUCAAAUCAGACUACAUCAAUCUGACGCACCUCUCCAGGCCUCGGGAGGUUCGCUGCCACCAUCUGUCUUGUCACAGUUUUAUCAUAUUCUGAACGGCACCUGGGUGGGACUAUUUGAGAUUCACCAUCGGGUUGAAAAACAGACCUGUCAACUUUGUUCCGCCCGGCGGUGUCUCCUUGGUGCAGAAGAACCCGGCUGCCACGUCACGGAAAGUUCAAUCAUAAGGCACACGGCGCAAGAAAUAACAAACAUCAAUUCAUAACUUUAGGGAGAGUCUUUUUUUGGCCAUGUUGCGUUUCUCAUAAUGCAAGCACCUCACUGCCACAAUCGUGGUUUUAUGGCAAAUUGUGGUGCGGUGGCAUAUCGGUGUGCUUUGUUCACCUUGUCUUCCGGACGCAUCAGGGCAUAGUCUCAUAAGACACACGCACAUUACUCCGUAUCGGAAAAUGGAAUUCUCAUCGUCGUCUUCAGAGGCAGGCUCCUCAAGAUCCAACCGAGACGCCAGAUUUACCGGGAUCAACAGCCCCUCCGAGACUUCAAACCACGGCAAAGCACCAGAGGGUACUCCCCAAUUCGACAUAAUUGCAUGGUACCCAAAGCACCAAAGCUGUCAGAAAUAUUUCAUAGACCAUGCUCAGCAUGAACCACUUGUUCAGGCAUUUGCGGCCUUCAUCAACAUCCUACUGCCAUUUCAACGACAGCCGCAUCCGAUCUACAGCACAACGGGCUCUCGGAGUGGCAAGGCCAAAAUAGAAAGGGAGAGGACAUCUGGUAGCGCUUCCGAAUCGGAAGCAGUCGCAUCUUCGGUCUCGUUGAUUCCGUACGUACGUCGCUUGGUCGUUACCGGAAUGGACGUUCCUCAGGUGUUGCAUGGAUUCUUUGGUGAUAAUUGGCGGCCUGGCAUUGGACCACAACGGGAACAGGAGAGGCGCAAUUAUCUUUUUGCAGCAAAGAGUGGGGGUUGGGCAUCUGUCAAGCGUGACUACGACAUGCUGCCGCUCGAGACAGUGCCUUUUAUACGGCCACUGUAUGAUCCAACUGAUGGCGAAAUCGAGGCUGCCGAACGGGCGUGGAGUGAAUGGCUUGCUCAGGAAGACUGGAUGGUGGGAUCUCGAGCACCAGAAUGAAUCAAGUCAAAAGAACUUGUGUACUGCGUCUUUUUGGGGCGGCAUGUCACUCGCUAUGCAGAUGCAGCUGUCACGGGGUUGCUCACCUGUCCUUUCUUCAUUGAGGUGAGGCUGUUGUGUGCUAGGGCGGCACGGUAUUUCGUGGCUUCUGCUAAGAUACGUAGUGCUGGGGGCAUAUCAUGUGGAUCUAGAUGGUCAACUCGACUGUUCCGGUGGCUGGUUAAUGAUGCCUUCUUGCUGGGAGCAUCAAGGGAGCAUCACAUGGGCAUUACUAGCGGUUCAUUGCAGCCUCGUUGCCUUAGCGCGAGGCUGAGGGGUGGGAUUCAACGCCACAUCCCCAUUAUUUGAGACGAGUUUAUCGACGUCCCUCCGUGAAGAAAUGUGAUAAUGAAUUGGCAUUCGAAAGCGUUAA